AUGGAUAAUCCGAGCUCUGGUGCAUAUGACCAAAACUUUGAAAAAUCAAACCUGAUGAACCUGACGAACCUGCCUACAAUGGGUGUGCUACAGUUCUGUGUGAACGUCUCCCCCAUCCCUAGCGUGCCCACAAUGGGGGUGCUACAGUUCUGUGUGAACGUCUCCUCCACCCCUAGCGUGCCCACAAUGGGUGUGCUACAGUUCUGUGUGAACGUCUCCCCCACCCCUAGCGUGCCAACAAUUGGGGUGCUACAGUUCUGUGUGAACGUCUCCCCCACCCCUAGCGUGCCCACAAUGGGGGUGCUACAGUUCUGUGUGAACGUCUCCCCCACCCCUAGCGUGCCCACAAUAGGGGUGCUACAGUUCUGUGUGAACGUCUCCCCCACCCCUAGCGGGGCUAUCCUCGUGUAG